UAAAAAAAAAGAUCUAAAAUGGGAAUGCUGAGAGGAGUCGCAGCUGUCAUGCUGGUUGUGCUGUCAUUGGCAUAUCAGGGCAUCCGCCCUCCGCCGCCCAAAAUUUGUGGCUCUCCAGGUGGUCCACCCAUCGCGGCACCCCGAGUAAGGCUCAGAGAUGGCCGAUACUUGGCCUACAAAGAGCAAGGAGUACCAAGAGAAUUGGCUGACCACAAGAUCGUCUUUGUGCACGGCACUGACUCCUGUAGGCACGAUGCAGUGAUAGCAACAGAUGUUUCCCCGGCGUUUCAUGAGGAAUUGAAGGUGUAUGUCUUGUCAUUCGAUAGACCGGGAUACGGGGAAAGCGACCCGGACCCGAAAAGGACACCGAAGAGUCUGGCUCUGGAUAUAGAAGAGCUUGCUGAUCAGUUGGGACUGGGAACCAAGUUCUAUGUAAUUGGGUAUUCCAUGGGAGGCCAGGCUACUUGGGGUGUCCUCAAGUAUAUCCCCCACAGGUUAGCCGGAGUAGCUCUCAUCGCUCCCGUAGUCAACUACUGGUGGCCCGGGUUUCCCGCCAACCUAUCCACGGAAGGCUACUACUUGCAGCCACCACAGGACCAGUGGGCACUUAGAGUGGCUCACUAUGCCCCUUGGCUCACCUACUGGUGGAACACCCAAAAGUGGUUCCCCGCAUCCAGCGUCGCCACUCGUGCUCCCCACAUCAUGUCCCGUCAAGACAUGGAAGUCAUCCCCAAGAUGAUUGGGCGCCGCAAGGAUGCGCCGUGGGUGAACGUGAGGCAACAAGGAGAAGCCGAGUCGAUCCAUCAGGACAUGACAGUUGGUUUCGGGAGUUGGGAGUUCGAUCCUAUGGAAAUUGAGAACCCUUUCCCGAACAAGGAAGGGUCGGUGCAUCUGUGGCAAGGCGAUGACGAUAGGCUAGUCCCCGCUUUGCUUCAACGGCAUAUUGCGCAAAAGCUUUCGUGGAUUGAGUACCACGAGCUACCCGGUGGUCCGCCCAUCACGGCAACCCGAGUAAGGCUCAGAGAUGGCCGAUACUUGGCCUACAAAGAGCAAGGAGUACCGAGAGAGUCGGCCGAACACAAGAUCAUCUUUGUGCACGGCUCCGACUCCUGUAGGCACGACGCGGUGAUAGCACAGGAUGUUUCCCUGGUGGUUCUUGAGGAAUUGAAGGUGUACGUCUUGUCAUUUGAUAAACCGGGAUAUGGAGAAAGCGACCCGGACCUGAAAAGGACACCAAAGAGUCUGGCUCUGGAUAUAGAAGAGCUUGCUGAUCAGUUGGGACUGGGAACCAAGUUCUAUGUGGUUGGGCAUUCCAUGGGAGGCCAGGCUACUUGGGGUGUCCUCAAGUAUAUCCCUCACAGGUUAGCCGGAGCAGCUCUCACCGCUCCUGUAAUCAACUACUGGUGGCCAGGGCUUCCCGCCAACAUAUCCAAUGAAGGCUACUACUUGCAGCUACCCCAGGACCAGUGGGCACUCAGAGUGGUUCACUAUGCCCCUUGGCUCACCUAUUGGUGGAACACCCAAAAGUGGUUCCCUGCAUCCAGCGUCGUCACUCGCGCCCCCCGCAUCUUGGGCAGUCAAGACAUGGAAAUCAUCCCCAAGAUGAUGGAGCACCGCAAUGACGCAUCGCGGGUGAUCGUGAGGCAACAAGGAGAAGCCGAGUCGAUCCUUCGGGACAUGAUGGUUGGUUUCGGGAGUUGGGAGUUCGAUCCAAUGGAUAUUGAGAACCCUUUUCCAAACAAGGAAGGAGCGGUGCAUCUGUGGCAAGGUGAUGACGAUAGGCUAGUCCCUGUUUUGCUUCAACGGCACAUUGCACAAAAGCUUUCGUGGAUUCAGUACCACGAGCUACCCGAUGCUGGGCAUUUUUUCCCUUAUGCUGAUGGGAUGGGUGAAGCUAUUCUGAAGGCACUUAUCGCUGUGCAGAUAAAGCGUAGGGAUCAGAAAACUCUGCAUUUGUAUUCAACUAGACGAGCCUAGUGAUCAAUUCAAACAGUUUCAGCCAACCAGACUGGACAGAGGAUCCAUCAUGUCAUGCUACCGAACUUGUUGAAGUUGAUGAUUCAUGUGGAUACGAUACAAUCACAUGCUCAAUACAUAACCUGAAGACGCUGGA